CAGGAAAUGUAAACACAUUUGUCAGAAAUUUCAGUGAACCCUUUAUGAACCGCAUGCUUCUCCCACUAAAUGUUGUUUUAAACCCGUUAGAGUUAUGCAAACGUGGAGUUUGAUAUCAAUUUGUGUCUUACUGGGAGUUGUUGUGAGAUGGGGAGUUUCGCUCAAUUCAUAUUCAGGGGCGGGGAAACCACCAAUGUUUGGAGACUAUGAAGCUCAGCGGCAUUGGCAGGAAGUGACCUACAACCUGCCGAUUCGAGAAUGGUACUUUAACUCCACCAACAAUGACUUGGCAUACUGGGGCCUUGAUUACCCUCCUCUUACCGCCUACCACAGCUGGCUCUGCGCUUACAUAGCCAAUAUUAUAAAUCCUGAAUGGGUGAAGCUUCACAAGUCCAGAGGUCAUGAAAGUCCAGAACACAAGUUAUUCAUGAGAACUACAGUCCUGGUGGUAGAUUUGUUAUUAUUCAUCCCUGCAGUGGUUUUGUACUGUUUGUACUUGACUGAUGGAUCUUCUAAGAAAAAGGUUUCUGUUCUGCUCUGCAUUCUUCUUUACCCAGGAAUAAUUCUAAUCGACUAUGGCCAUUUCCAAUACAAUGGAGUGAGCCUGGGCUUGGCUCUGUGGGGGAUCCUGGGUCUGGGUCUGGGCUGGGAUGCGCUGGGCUCAAUAGCCUUCUCAUUGGCUCUCAACUACAAACAGAUGGAGCUCUACCACGCGCUGCCCUUCUUCUGUUAUCUGCUGGGAAAGUGCUUCAAAGCUGGUUUGAUAGGGCAUGGGUUCUUCCUGUUGGUGAGAAUCGCUGCAGCCGUGGUGGUGACCUUUGCCCUCUGCUGGCUGCCCUUCUUGUCUGACCCCGCCCAGGCCCUGCAGGUGGUCAGAAGGAUCUUUCCCGUGGCUCGAGGUCUGUUUGAGGAUAAAGUGGCAAACACAUGGUGCAGCCUUAAUGUACUGAUAAAGAUCAGAACGCUUAUGUCUUCAGAUGCUCAACUCUACCUCAGUCUCGUCUUCACCCUCCUAGCAGUUCUCCCGUCCUCCAUCAGACUACUGACACGGCCAACCUUCUGGCACUUUAAACUGGCUUUGGUGAAUUCAUCUUUGGGCUUUUUCCUGUUUUCCUAUCAAGUCCAUGAGAAGUCCAUCCUCCUGGCUGCUCUUCCAGUCUGUCUACUCCUAGACGACCUGCCCUUUAUGAGUGUUUGGUUCCUGCUGGCAUCUACUUUCAGCAUGUUGCCUCUGUUACUGAAGGACGGUCUGCUGGUCCCGUAUGCUGUGACCUCAACAGGCUUCCUCCUCCUCAGCAUCUACCUUCUUUCUGCACUGGAUCACUGCACAGAGGACGAGUUACAACUGACCACCUAUAGGAAACUCUUCUUCUUCCCCUUCAAAUCGGACCUGGGAUGCAUAGUGAGGUGGAAGUUCUACAUCAGUGUAGCCGCCAUGGUGGGUUUGAGCAUCACAAGCGUGACUCUGGAUCCUCCGUCACAUCUACCCGACUUGUUUCCUGUCUUGGUGUCUACAACCGCUUACUUGCUGUUCUUGGGGACAAUUAUACAUUUUAACAUUCUUCAGUUCAGUGGACCACCCAGUAAGAAAAGCCAAAAGAAGAGCAACUAAACUACAUUUUACUCCAGUGGAGUAAGUGUUGUAUUGUAAGGUAGAUUUAGGGUUAGGGUGCUUGAGGUCUUUAUUGCAGAGCUUGGGUGGGAGUACCAAAUGAAUUGUGGGAGUAUUUUGUUGGUGAAAUAAUUACUUUGACACUGUGAUCUGUUGUUUUUUUAUUUUUAUUUUUAUUUUAUUUUGUAUGGACCAAAUCUUCAUUGGAUAGUUACAUAAAAACACUUUGGUUAGGCUGUUCCAGGUUAAUGGACACACAAAGAGGUUCAUUGCAAAGUCUGCAUAUGCAUCCAUGUUUUUAAGACCUUUAUACAAACUAAAGAAGGUGAGGAGCAUUUGUUAUGUCAGUCAUACUUGAAAAAAGGAUUAUUGUUCCUUUGUUUGUUGUCAUUGUUGUAAUGGCAACACAGCCCCAUUUUCUGUUCAGAUUUUCUUUAAGUACUUUCCUGCUUAACAUUUUUUACACAUCAUUAAACUUGUUUUGUACAAACUUCAUUUUGUGAAAUUAAAUCAUGCUUUUCAGAGUUCUAAAA